AUGGUGGUGGUCAGCUAUCCUGACUUCCUGAGAUGAUGUGUGACUCACCAGGAUGUGCCAGUGUCUGCUUUGUUAUCAGUUCAGAACGUUGCCACAUAUACAACUUUCUCUGCCCUGAUCAAAUAAUACACUACUGUGGCCCACUAAAUGCUGUUACACAAUCAAUUCGUGCCGUUGGAUUUCUAUAUGAACACACAACCAACUGUAUGUUUAAAAAAACUGAAAUCAGGUUGAAUUUAUGUGUCAAACUGUUGACUAACAACUCUCCAUCACUGCACUGACACCAAUAUUUAAGUUAUUGACUGACACUGAACUCCUUGUCUUGGCCCAAGUCAGAGUGUGGAGGAGCUGGGUUAUCCUGCUGGACUCAGGGGGCCGUGGCUGGGACAGAGGGGUGAGGAUGCUGGGCUAUUCCCUGGGUUUCCCACUGAGGUCCUUUCUAACCUCCAUGGGUUCCAGGAUCUGUUCCAGUACCUGCGCACCUCCACCCUACUGCUCCAACUGUCCGAUGCCGCCGCCCUC